AGAAAAGGUGGCAACCCUACUCAUACCUGACCUGCGCCAAGGGGAGGGGGUUGAAAAUAGCCAGCUAGAUAGACCCGACCCCCUCCCAUUGGCAGUCAGCAACACCUAGUCCCAAGAACAACAGGUCUCAUUGGCCUCCAUUUAGGAAUUAAUGGAGGAAUGUUUUUUUCACUGUUAGAAUCACAAGAGAUACUUGGCUGAUAAUAACAAAAAUGUUGACACCUAUGAAGAGACGAGGGCUGUACCAGUGACAUUGCUCACAAAAAAGGUGUUAAAUCUGAACCACAGACGUGAACAAGCCACAUGCAUGAAUACUAACUUGAAGAAAAGAUGCUUCUCAUCUCCGUGUCUCUCUGCUACCUUGUGUCCCUGGCUGCAGGAACCUGUUUGAAAGGAAAUGGUCCAGGUGGUAUAAGACAACAUCCAAGACAAAUCCUUAUUAAACCUGGUGGGACAGUCAACAUCAGCUGCACUGCCGAGCACACAAAAAAUGUAGAAGGAGUUCACCUACUAAAACGCUUCGAUAAAAUAGUAUAUGUGAAUUCAGACAAUAAAUUUCACAAUUACGUAAAAAACAUACGCAUAAAUGUAUUUGGGAAUGUGAGUGUAUACAAUUUCACUGUAACCAUAAGCAAUGUCACAGAAAGCGACACGGGUUUUUACCUGUGUGAUGGCAUGGAAGAAGAUGACAACGACAUUUGCGGAGAAGGGACUGUGCUGAUCGUAACGGCUAAUACCUUUUGUGAUAAUUCCAGAAAUGCAUCAGAUUCUAGUGCAAAUCAUCUCAUAUCGCUGGUUGUUGUCAUUGUGAUGUUGUCAUUGUUCCUGAUACCCAUUCUGAUAUUUGCAAUAUACAGGAUUUAUAAGGAGUUACAGAUGAAAAAUCCCAGACAACCAUUGAAUUCUGUAUAUGAAGAUAUGAGACAGACCCUACGCAGGAACACAAUGAACAACACCUAAGAGAAACAAUAAUAUCAGCUAUGAGCUAUGCUAAGAUCUAAUAUGUAGCGUGUAUAUAUUCAGUCUUAAACUCCACUAACUGAGCAGCUAUUUGCUAUUUGGAGUACCUCUUGGGUGGUGCAGCACUUGGCCUGAUGGCCUCAGGCAGCAGAAGACCCACAAAGUACCAUGGAGUAAUGAAUGUAAUUGUGCCGUGUGAGUUCCCAGCUGCUAAAGCCCUUUAAAAAAUGCUUUGAAUUCUGUGUAGUGUUAUGUACAGUUAUACUGAAGCUAGUAUUAUUACGUGAGAUUAAAGAAAUAAAAAGGAGCACUGAAGCAUUACUUAUAGUUGAAAAAUCCACAUCCAAGUGCUCCAGACCCAGAUUCUUAGCUUCAGGGAGCAGAAAAACCAUAGUAAUAUAAGAAUAAUUACUAUUAUGGUUCAGCCCAAAUAAUGAAUCUAUAGAUUUUUCUUUUUGCCUAGUGGAUGAAAAUAUUAUUCUCUGCAACUUUCCGCUAUACAUUAAUGAAACAUUGUCAUGUUAACUGCAAAUGUAAAUUGCAACAAAAACCUGUCCUUUGUUAAGGUGGCCAUACACGCUACAAUUCCGAUCUUUGAUCGUACGAAAGAUCUUUAGUCUCUUCUCAGUCUACUAGACUACAGAAACAAUGUACUGUAUCAGAGAUCAGAGGGGUCAUUUACUUUGGCCCCAGACAGAUGUAUAAGAGCAUGGAAAAGGUGCAAAAGAAUUUCUCUUAGUGCUCAUUCAGAGAGGACCUCUCACUGGAUAAAUAUUGGCACAUACAGAGGGUCUAAAUCAUACAUAAGUUAGGGGCUGAGCAGGGGGGAUGCUUCCAAGCCUUUACCCACCUGGCCCUUGUAAAUACAGUUCAAUUCUUCUAUGUGCAGGACAUGGUGUAAAAGGCCACCGUUUUUACUGUUUGUAUAUAGUCCUAAACAACUAGCAGGCAGUAAGUACAGGAGCCAUUCAAAGUAUCUGAAUUAUGUGCAAGGCAUGAGCAGGAUGGAUGCCUGCAUUCUUCUAUCCCCCUGUCCCUCAUAAAUACAGUUCUUUAUUGGGAAAACAGAUCUUGGAGCACGUGCAGAGUGCAAGUACAAAAAGCACAGCAGACUAUACAUGUUUUUUGCACUUUGCUCCCUGCCCUACACAUAAUAACAACAGUUCAGUCCUCCAGCCAAGACCUCCAAGACUUUCCAUUGCCUUACACAUAGGACUAGUGAUACAGUGUUUGAAGUACGAACAGUUACAGAAAGAAGAGUAUAGAAUAGCAAGAAAUAGAGAGAAACUGCUUUCAAUUGUACAUAUAAUUGCUAUGAAAGUCUGUUCUCUGGUUCCAACUCUUGAAACAUUGUAGCAGAACAGAAUUACAUUUUCUUUUAUUCAGCGCAACAAUAAUUUGCUAUAGAUCACUAUAUGAAGGAAAGGUUUUUACUUUUUAAAAGGUAAUAUAUUUUAGCAGUAAGAUUCACAUGUAGCAAUUAAAUUCCAACUGAAGUCACUCAGUAUGGGUUUGUUAUUUUAAUAUUACAGCUGUGAGAUUCUAAUACUGUACUAUCAAUUUUGCUUACUUUACUGUUUUCAGCUAAAUAAUUUCUGCACUGAGUGCUAUAACUUGAUAAUAAAUUGUCUCCAAAUACAA